UGAAUUUAGUUUGGAUGAGGAAGAGGAUUGUUAAUUUGAUUGGGUGGAGAAGGAUUUAUUAAUUUGAUUAGAAAUUAGAUCGUGAGUAAUGCGUUUGACUAUAGGGAUUGGUUAAUCUUGUAGUGGAAUUACUUUCGAUCUGAACUUUGAAUUGUUGUCGAUUCUGAUGCCAAUUAGUGGUAAUGGGUAAUUGUAAUGUUUGGUAGAUUAGUUUUCCUAUUGUACUUGUUUGUAUUCCUAAUCUUGGUGCUCUAAGAGAAUGCGCACUUCUUGGUUCUUAUCUGUGUUUGUUAUGAGGAGUGAAUUUGAUGUCGAGCUGAAGUUCAAGAAUUUGAUGUGGUUGGUAUUUGUAGGAUUUGGUUGGGUAGUAUGAGAGGCCUGAAGGUUUGCCCUAGUUGUGUUCUUUUGGCUCUAUAAGGUUUAUUACGGAUGGAGUCGCAUAAUUUGGGAUCUAUUGGUUUUGAAUGCUACUUUCUGGGUCCCAGGUUAUUAUGUGGUGUUGGUAUAUAAGGUGCUUUUAUUGUUUAUUUGGCCGCUCCCAAAGUCCCGAAUAUUAGUGCUGAUUGCCACUUUGGUUGGCAUGUUAUGUUCUUUUCCUACUGAAAAUUAUCCAAAUAAAAUUACUGGUAGACAUUUUUGGACACAUCCGUUUGCUUGUAUGCAACUACUUGCGAAAUGGGCUCAAAAGGACGGCUGUUAUUUGAUCUUAAUGAACCCCCUGCUGAGAAUGAAGAUGAUAAUGAUGCUGGUGUUUGUUUCCAGCCUCAGAGGGCGAUUCCUUCUUCAAGUACCGCAACAGCCAGCUUGUUUGUUGCAUCUGCUGGUCCCCAAGGGAUAGUAAAUAACCAUGCUUUCUCCCAUGCUUCUGCUGUAUCUGGUUUCCAGCCUUUUGUGAGGUCCAAAGUUAUCCAGGGAUCUGAUAGUUCUGCUGAAAAAAGGAGUUCCACUGACAUGCUUCCCGCUAUUGCUUCAUCACCCCAACUUAGUAAUGGCCAGGAUAUAAAGAUUGCAACAAACCUGCAACCAGGAGGUCCUAUGGAUACGCAAGCUAUUGAGAAGGAAGAAGGAGAAUGGUCUGAUGCGGAGGGCUCCAUUGAUGCUUACAGAAGAAGUGUUAUCCAUGAAGACUCAAGUGGUAUAAAUGAUAAACAGGUGCUGGAGAAAGGUACGGUUGAGAUGAUGGGAACUAAUGUCCCUGCUGGAGGUGUGGAGAAUAUAUCUCUUAAUCCUGGUGAUGUUAAGAAUGAAAACGAUGUCCCUGUUUUUGGGCUGAGUCCAGAAACAAAUGAUAAGAAAGGUGAUACAUCUACCAAUGGGCAGGAAGAUGCUGCUCCUUUGCAGAAACAGAGAGAAGUUAGAGGAAUUGAAGCAAAUCAUGCAUUAAAGUGUGCAAAUAAUCUUGGGAAGCGUCCUAAGCUUGACCAGCAGAAGGAAGCAAUGUUGGGAAAGAAGCGCAGCAGGCAGACCAUGUUAAUCAAUAUAGAAGAUGUUAAACAAGCUGGUGCAUUGAAGACUUCAACUCCUAGAAGGCAGAUUCCUCCACCUACUAUAACCCGAACAGUGAAAGAGUCUCGACCAACUCUGCCAUCAGCUGAGAGAGGGGAUAAGCAAACACAGCCUCUAGUCAGGGAUGCAAAACAGGCUGAUGUGUCGACCAAUGAAGGCAAUAAUUCUGUGGAGCCGAAUGAGUGUAAAUCUGAAAGUAAUGGCGACAGUAGCUCUGGGCAUUUUGGACCUCCAAGGAGGUUGAAUAGCUCGACAGAUGUUUCUUCAGAAGGACAAGCAGCACCUGCUCCCAGACAGAGUUCAUGGAAGCCGCCCCCUGAUACAAGGCAACAUAAGAAUUCACAGUUUCCUGGUAGGAAACAAGCUAUAAGUCAGAGUUUGAGUGAUCCGAAAUUAACUUCAAAGAAACUACCAUCCAAAAAGCCAACUUUCACAAGCAACCAGUAUCAAGAUACAUCGGUGGAACGCCUACUGAGGGAAGUGACAAAUGAGAAGUUUUGGCAUCAUCCAGAGGUAGAGGAGCUCCAACGUGUUCCUGGUCGAUUUGAUUCAGUAGAAGAGUAUGUUAGGGUAUUUGAGCCUUUGCUUUUUGAAGAAUGCCGGGCACAACUUUAUAGUACGUGGGAGGAGUCAUCUGAAACAGUUUCAAAUCAUGUUAGGGUAGGCAUAAAAAGCAUUGAACGACGUGAAAGGGGAUGGUUUGAUGUGAUACUAAUUCCACCACAUGAAUACAAGUGGACAUUUAAGGAAGGAGAUGUUGCAGUUCUUUCAUCCCCCAGGCCGGGAGCAGUCAAUAUUAGGAGGAAUAGUUCCUCAAUUUUGGAGGAUGAGGAGAAGCCAGAAGUUAGUGGGCGUGUUGCUGGGACAGUGAGGAGACAUAUACCUAUUGACACCCGAGAGCAUACUGGGGCAAUUCUUCACUUUUAUGUUGGGGAUUUAUAUGAUUCCAGCAGCAAGAUUAGUGAUGAUCAUAUAUUGCGGAAGCUCCACCCAGGUGGUGUCUGGUACCUGACUGUGCUUGGUUCUCUGGCAACCACACAGCGGGAAUAUGUUGCUCUGCAUGCAUUUCGACGUCUUAAUUUGCAGAUGCAAAAUGCGAUUCUUCAGCCUAGUCCUGACCAAUUCCCCAAAUAUGAAGAACAACCACCUGCAAUGCCUGAUUGCUUUACUCCAAACUUUGUUGAAUACCUGCACAGAACUUUUAAUGAACCCCAGCUGGCUGCAAUUCAAUGGGCUGCAAUGCAUACAGCUGCUGGUACAUCAAAUGGCAUGAUUAAGAAACAAGAACCAUGGCCUUUUACUUUAGUUCAGGGGCCUCCUGGAACAGGUAAAACACAUACAGUAUGGGGGAUGCUUAACGUGAUCCAUCUUGUCCAGUAUCAGCACUACUAUACUGCAUUGCUAAAGAAACUGGCACCUGAAAGCUACAAGCAGGUUAACGAGAACAACUCAGAUAAUGUGGCAGUUGGAUCCAUUGAUGAAGUUCUCCAGAGCAUGGAUCAGAAUCUUUUUCGAACUCUUCCAAAACUUUGCCCAAAACCUAGGAUGCUCGUCUGUGCACCCUCAAAUGCUGCAACUGACGAACUGCUUGCACGUGUCCUCGACCGGGGAUUUAUUGAUGGUGAGAUGAAAGUUUAUCGGCCAGAUGUCGCUCGAGUUGGUGUAGAUUCUCAGACUCGGGCUGCUCAAGCCGUUUCUGUGGAACGAAGAACUGAACAACUUCUAAUGAAGAGUCGUGAUGAAGUUCACGGAUGGAUGCACAAUUUGAGGAUUCGUGAAACUCAGUUAUCUCAGCAAAUUGCUUGCCUUCAAAGAGAACUUAAUGUUGCUGCUGCCACUGGUCGUGCACAAGGAUCUGUUGGUGUUGAUCCAGAUGUUCUUAUGGCCAGAGACCAAAACCGAGACGCUUUACUUCAAAAUCUUGCGGCAGUAGUUGAGAACAGAGACAAAAUAUUAGUUGAGAUGUCCCGCCUGCUCAUUUUGGAAGGCAGGUUCCGUGCUGGUAGCAACUUUAAUUUGGAGGAAGCUCGUGCUAAUCUGGAAGCAAGUUUUGCCAAUGAGGCUGAAAUUGUCUUCACUACAGUCUCAAGUAGUGGGCGCAAGUUGUUCUCUCGUCUGACUCACGGCUUUGAUAUGGUCGUGAUUGAUGAAGCAGCCCAGGCUAGCGAAGUAGCAGUGUUGCCUCCACUUUCACUUGGUGCAGCUCGCUGUGUUCUUGUUGGAGAUCCUCAGCAGCUCCCUGCUACUGUCAUCAGUAAGGCAGCUGGAACCCUGUUGUACAGUAGAAGCCUUUUUGAGAGGUUCCAGCAAGCAGGCUGCCCAACGAUGCUGUUAUCCGUGCAGUAUAGGAUGCAUCCCCAGAUUAGAGAUUUUCCUUCAAGGUACUUCUACCAAGGACGUCUUACAGACAGUGAGAGUGUUGCUAAUCUUCCAGAUGAGGUGUAUUACAAAGAUCCCCUAUUGAGGCCUUAUAUCUUUUUUGAUAUCACUCAUGGUCGAGAAUCUCAUCGCGGAGGUUCUGUUUCAUAUCAGAACACGCAAGAAGCACAAUUUUGUGUUCGUUUAUAUGAGCACCUUCAGAAAACUCUGAAGUCACUAGGGGUUGGGAAAGUGUCUGUUGGCAUAAUUACUCCAUACAAGCUGCAAUUGAAAUGCCUCCAACGUGAAUUCAAGGAUGUUUUGAAUUCAGAUGAAGGAAAAGACAUCUAUAUUAAUACAGUGGAUGCUUUUCAAGGCCAAGAACGUGACGUCAUUAUCAUGUCUUGUGUGCGUGCAUCGGGUCAUGGAGUUGGGUUUGUUGCAGACAUUCGUCGGAUGAAUGUUGCUCUUACACGAGCAAGGAGAGCUCUCUGGGUAAUGGGAAAUGCCAAUGCACUGGUGCAAUCUGAAGAUUGGGCUGCAUUGAUUGCUGAUGCCAGAACUCGAAACUGUUACUUAGACAUGGAUUCUCUGCCUAAAGACUUCUUUCCUGAGUCCUCUACUUAUGGUACAUUGUCUUCCAAGAUCUCGAGUACAAGGGGCUUACGAUCGGGACCACGAUAUAGGUCACAUGAUUCACAUGUGGAGUCCAGGUCUGGCACACCAUCAGAAGAGGAUGAAAAGUCAAAUAUAUCUUCAAUUCCUAGGAAUGGGAGUUAUCGGAUCUUAAGGCAAGGAGCUGAAAAUUCAUUGGAUGAUUUUGAUCAAUCUAGUGACCGAUCUCGAGAUGCCUGGCAACAUGGCAUUCAAAAGAAGCAAAAUGUUGCUGGUGUUCUGGGAAAGCGAGACCUGUAACAGCUGGUAAUUAAUAUCUAAAUCAUCCCUUUUGCUUUAUGGGGCUCAGCUUAUUGCAGUGGGACAUGCGUUUAGGCUUGAGCUAUUUCAAGCACCAUGCCGUGCGUGAUGAUUUAAUUGUUGAAAAUGAUGAGGGGCUUUCUAGUGUACUUGAAAGCUGCAAGUACAGUAGGAAAAAAGUUGUUUGAGCGAAGUGGUCAGCUGCUCAAAGAAAUUUGGGUGAAGCAAGCGCCACUUGUGCACCAACUCUUGCAUUUUGAGGAAAGAUGGAAUCUGAGCUUGAAGAAACUCGAGUAAAUUGGCCCAACUUGCACACCUGCCGUUGCAUUUUGAGAAGAUGGACCCUAAGCUCACAUUUCACUUGGACACCUGAAGAUUUGCCUCGUCUCGGGUUGGUUGUUUCGAAUCCAUGCCUCCAUUGGGUAUACGUAAUAUCUCCUUGUACUAAUGAGCUAAAUUGAUAGUCAACUGUACGAGGAUCUUCAUAGGUUCACUGAAUUAUCUGGGUAAGUAGGACUCAUGGUAUAUUAAGGCUUACUACAACAUGCUUUAUUGAUGUGGAUUGCAGCCUGGAGAGUUUGAUACCAACUGCUUUAGCCUAUUUCCCGUGCCCUAUGGCAUAAAGAGUGUGUUUCUAUGAUGAUGGACUCGGGAUCUAUUGUGGCAGUAUAACAGUGGUAACGAGCGUGGCCAUUCAAACUGCUGAAAGGUGUGGCACUCUGGUCUGUAAAAGUAAAUCAGUCUGUUGAAUCAUACACUCAGAUGCAAAAGCUACAAAUGUUUCUGAAUGAAAGAUGAAUCAAUUUCUGGGAGGCUGGUGGGAGUUUGAUUCUUACUGCAAGUUUUGAAUGCAACUGAAGAUGUGAACUUAGCGGAGUUGGUGCAGACUGGACGAGCUUCUGUAUAGAAUGUUAAAACGAUAAAGCAUUCUUUUAAAGAUGAUUACGUUUCAGUUGUAAAUUUGAUUCCUUCAUUACUUUAGUAAUGUUAGCAAAAUUUGUACAUUUCAAAAGCUAGUCUUUAUGAGAAAUGACUGAAUUUGUCUGGA